AUGUACUGUAGCAUAGAUAUUCAGAGCAAGCUGGAAGAGAGACUCAUUAUGGGCCUAUUCGGUAUUAUAAUGAUUUUGCUGACAAUCAUGAUAGGUCAUUUGGUGGACAAAUAUAUUGAACCUGCCUUAAAGAUACUCUCGGUGAAGAUGUAUAUGAGUGAAUAUUUGGCUGGAGUUACUCUAUUGAGUCUGGGCAACUCAUUUGCCGAUCUGAUCGUCAACUUGAUGCCCAUUCGAGGACAUGCUCCCAUCUAUACGAUAAGUCUUAGCAAUGCCUUGGCUGUGAUUCUAUUGAGUGGUGGCAUGGUCUGUUUCCUGCGACCCUUUAAAUUAAAUGGACACUCUGUCAUAAGAGAUCUUCUCUUUCUGCUUCUUGCCGCCGAGCUCACAACCUAUAUGAUCUUCAGCGAUACAAAAACAACGAAGCCGGAAUCAAUCUCCCUUUAUAAGGAAAUCGAUGAACUGCAAAACCAACCUUAUACACCCCGUCGAAAGGAUCUAAUCAAGGAGAAGCUGAAGAAACUGCACGAAUUUGAGCAGGAAGUUAGAGUGGUUGUGCAUAACAAUUCGAUCAUCUAUCGUUAUAACUCUUCAAAUCUUGAAAUCUAUUGGCGCGAUUACCGAAAACAAAUGUCCAACUGGGAGAUUCAAAAUAUACAGAAGAUGGAUGAGAACAUAACUCGAAAUAUCUUAUAUAAUUUUCACAAUCCAAAGAACAUGUUUCUGUUUGAGGAAUUCUUAACAGCAUUAAUACCCAUUAAUAUUGUGGAUUGGAAAUUCAGCGGUUGGUGUCAUCGCAUCUUUCUCAUAAUACUCUCUCCCAUUGCCCUCUUCUGUGCCAUCUUCAUUCCCAUCGUGGACUAUCGACAGGAUAAACAUGGUUAGAGCAAGUUGCUCAACUGCACGCAGAUUAUUACGAAUCCCAUAUUAUGCUUUGUAUUGGUUGAAGUUGUCAGCUCGAUGCUCUUUCUAGCCAUUUGUGCCACCGAACUGGAGGUACUCUUCGCCAUCAUUGGACUGGUCUUUCAUAUGACCGAGGAUUUUGUGGCCAGCAGCAUUCGAUCCUUGGCCGGAGCCAUGGGCGAUGUCAUCUUUAACACGCACCUGGCGAUGCAUGGCUAUGAGAAAAUGGCCUUUGCUGCCAGCCUGGCCGCGCCCCUUUUCAUCAUCACGGUUUGCAUUGGCGUUCCGUGUUAUUUCAAUUCUCAAGUACAUAAGACGGAGUCUGCACAUUGGCUAUAUGGAAUAUAUGGUGAAAACUCGUAUAUUUUCUUCACCAUGGCGAUUUUCACAGCUCUGGGCUGGACCCUGACACUUAAUUUCUCUGCUCGCCGAUCGGUGGGUAUAUUUUCAUAUAUUUUAUUUAUGUUAUUUCUCUUAUUUAACGCACUUGCUGAGUGGGAUUUAAUUCAUGAAAUGGCCAGAGAUAAGAUAUUUAAACCAAUAUAAAAAAGAAUAUUUAAGCGAAAUAAAUUCUAUUUUAGUCCUUAA